AGCAGCCCCUCUCCAACCUCAGUGAAUUGGAGGACGACCAGGGUGAACCAGCGAAGAAGCCCCUCCGCACCAUGGCCAGCUGUGAUGAAGAAAAGGAGGACGAACAGCAGUCCGACGAGAAGAAAGAGGAAGAAUCAGAAGAAGAGGAGGCGGAGGAGGAGGAGGAGGAAGACACUGAAGCCGAGAUCCUGCUUGGUCCCCUGGAUAUGACGGUCCUCAAAGGGCAGUCUGCAACCUUCACUGCAACAUUCACCGGCAAGCCUCAGCCCGUAGUGUCUUGGCUCAAGAAGGAGCAAGAGAUCUGCGACGGCGGACGGUACACGGUGAAGACGGAGAACGGCACCACGACGCUCACCAUCAAGGACAUCGUCCAAGAGGACUGCGACAAGUACACCGUCGUCGUCAGGAAUGCACUGGCCGCCCACGCCGCCUUUGCUUCCCUUGCUGUAGGAAGUGCCCCCGAGCCGCCUGCGGAUCGACCCAACCACUCGGAGGUGACGGCGACUUCCGUGACUCUGUCUUGGUACGGCCCCACCUACGACGGUGGCUCCGUGGUCACGGGGUACAACGUGGAGGCGCGCAAAGUGGGCCAGGACGAGUGGAAGACGCUCAUCACGGGAUGCCAUUCUACGUCAUACAUUGUGACGGGACUAGAGACCGGAUGCCAGUACGAAUUCCGCGUGUGUGCACAAAAUAUGCACGGCCUCUCCGAGCCUUCGAAGCCCUCGCAGCCCGUCACUACCACCAAUCAGACCAAACAGGCAGAGGAGGAACCCGAGCCUGAAGACUAUGAAAAGGCCUUCGCUCCCCUCAACGUCGAGAUCGAGCCAGGGAACAUGUUCGACGAGCAGUACACCCUGCACGAGGAGGUCGGAAAGGGCCGCUUUGGCAUCGUCUACAGGGUCACGGAGAAGACCUCAGGCACCAGGAGGGCUGCCAAGAUCAUCAAGUGUAUCAAGGCUAAGGACAAGGAAAAGGUCCGCGAGGAGAUCUCCAUCAUGAACGCCCUCAGACACCCAAAGCUCCUCCAGCUCGGAGCAGCCUACGAGCGGCCGCGAGAGAUCAUCAUGGUGAUGGAAUAUAUAUCUGGCGGCGAGUUGUUCGAGCGUGUGGUGGCUGACGACUUCAACCUGACAGAGCGUGACUGCAUCCUCUUCGUCAGGCAAAUCUGCGAGGGAGUCCAAUACAUGCACAGCACCAACAUUGUACAUCUUGACCUCAAGCCCGAGAAUAUCCUGUGCGUGCGUCGUACGUCCCAUCAGAUCAAGCUGAUCGAUUUCGGCUUAGCGCGGAGAUUUAACCCCGAUGACCCCUGCCGAGUGCUGUUCGGAACACCCGAAUUCAUCGCUCCCGAGGUCAUAAACUACGAGCCAAUCGGCUUCGCUUCGGAUAUGUGGUCCGUCGGGGUUAUCUGCUAUGUUCUGCUGUCUGGGCUGUCGCCUUUCAUGGGCGACAACGACGCCGAGACUUUCAGCAACAUCACCCGCGCCGAGUUCGACUUUGACGACGACGCCUUCGACGCCAUCACUGACGACGCCAAAGAUUUUAUCCAGUCCUUGCUUGUCAAACGAAAAGAAAAGCGACUCACGCCCGCACAAUGUCUGGAGCACCGUUGGCUGAACCAGACUGAAGGUACCAUGAACAAGGUCGUCCUCUCCACAGACAAACUGAAGAAGUUCAUCAUUAGGCGAAAGUGGCAGAAAACUGGAAAUGCUAUCCGCGCUCUGGGACGAAUGGCCAACUUGACCAGCCGUCGCAGUUCUCAACCUUCUUCACCCACGAGACUCUCCCCCCUCCCGGAGAACCACACCCACACGCCCACCACCCCCUCCAGCCCCUCCCCCGUGUCCUCGCCCGCCGCCCUCGUUAAGACCAAGGGCUGCGCCCCCGUCACCCGCUCCUCGCCAAGCAUCAUCAGCGAGAGAAGCGAUUCCGGGCGCACUGUUAUCAAAAGUGGAAAGACACCUUCUCUAGACUGGCAGUCGUCGGUUGACUCUGCUGUCUGCGACGACGACUUUAUCGGCAAGAGCGGCGACUUCGGGUCUUCGCAGAGAAGAAUCUCACGGGAGGCGCUGCUGCAUGCCAAGACCGACGCACUAAUGAACGCUCACUCCAGAAUAUAGAAAUAUAUAUAAAAGAAAAUAGACUCGUAGUAUAUAAUGCUUAACUAAAGUUUUAUUGUAACGUAAAUAUACAUACAUGUAUACUGUGUACAUACAAGAGAAGAAAGGACGUUGGAGUGUAGUUACUAGCUGAUUAUUUGCCUUUUUAAUAAGUAUCAUAGUGGCCUUGAAUUUAAUAAGAUUUUAUUUAAUCCAUAUUUUGUCUGGACCUUAUGUAUUUAGAACGCGCUGGCCAGUGACGGUAAGCCUCGCGCACGAAGCUGUGCAGGUUCAGGUCGGUUCGUCUUGCUCUCAAAGUGUUGUAUUUCUGCGGGCUGUGUUGGUGCACUCGCCCUGCAUUUGUCUAUUUAAUCCAUGUCAACGAAUAUGGAGCUUAUUUAGACGCUUUCAAGAUGGAGUCGUGAACACUUGACACAAGAAAAUUCCAUUGCGGAAAAAAUGGAAACCGAAACUUCGACCUCUGAAGCGUGUCUUCCCUCGGGACACGUGGGAAAGAGGAGGAACUCAACUUCGUAUUCUCACUGUCGACCAGCCAGAACAGACUCUCGUGAAGGCUGAUGAUGCAUCAUACUUUUUAUCUUAGAAAAGUGUACACAAGCAAGUCAAAGGAAGAAUGUAAAAAAAUGUGUGUUUGACGUUUUGCCGUGACGGAAAGACCAAGGGAAGCGUGCCUGAAUUUGCUUCCGUUGCCUCUCCGUCACACCCGUUUGUUUUCCCUUGCAGAAAAAAAUCCUGUGAAUUUGCCGUUAGUUCUUUAUUGUGUGUUUUAAUGUAUGCUUCAUAUGAUUUUGAUUUUUUCUCAGUGCCAAAUAAAAUGUACAGAUGGUUUGCCUGAUAUCAUUCCACAUAAAACCUUUAUUACAUCUUUGAUUCAUUUGCCGGAAAUCAUUCAUCUUAACAGGUCAACGUCCUAUUUUAUAUGUUUAUUGUUCAUCAUCGAUACAUUUAGUUCCUUUUCAAUGGCCUUAUUUUAUUUCAAAAUGAUGUCGAUUAUCGCAUCUAACCCACCCCAUAUUUUUUCUGAAAUUUCAAUGCCUUAGUGUAGCCAAGCCAGGUGGUGACCUUACAUGCCCAGUGAGCCACCUCUUGGCUUCGGCUUUGCUUAAUAAAGAACAUUCAACGGUCAUCCCGCCUUUAUAAUAGUUACCGCUGGAGUGUGGUUCGGAUUCCCGUUAUCUGAGAUGGUCCGAGUGGCAGCCUAGCCUAGAUUCUUCGAGCCGUUACUAACAGGUUGAGAAUGUUACUUGUAGUGCCAGCAGUGCCAUUUCAUUUAUCAAAGCUUCAGAGAUAACGGCGUCGCGACAAUCACCUCCAAAGGUUAUUUAGGAUCCGUUUACCGAAGAAGCAUCCUGUUGAUUAUAGGUAGAAGAGAGUGGUUCCUGAUGUGUUUGUGUAGCUACGGUAAUGUGAUAAAAAUGUAGAUAAGAUAUCCCAAGUAUGUGCAUGAUAUUGUUGUUAAGAGAUUAAAAGAUUUAUUUGAGA